GUCAACAAAUAAAAUGUCUGAAACUUAAAAAAAACUCAGCCCUAAUUUGCCAAUUCUCACCACCCAUACCGACGCCGUCGCCGACGCCUCCGCCGCCUCAGCCUCCGCCGCCUUCUUCCCUCUUUCUUCCGUCAACGCCGUCGUAUAACCGCCACCUCCUUUUCCCCUCUUUAUUUCAUCAGAUCCGCCGUAUCCAACACUUCCGCUGCCUCCUUCUCCCCUCUUUCCUCGGCCGCCAUAUUCCGCACCGCCGCCUCCUCUCUUCCCUUUUGCCAACAACGCCGGUCGCCGCCACAGUUUAGCAAACUUCUGUCUUUCAUAAAUGGAGCGACCCCAUCAGUUGGAGGCUGGAAGCCUCGAAGCUUCACUUCUUCAAAUGAUCACUAAUCACAAUCACGCCUCUGCAAAGCUACGCGAACACACCGACAAAUCGAAGAAAGAAGCUAUUCAGAGUGCAGUGCGUGUCUCUGAUCAGAUGGUGAAUGCGGUUAACGGAGGUGUUCAAGAUAUCUUUAUAAACGAGAAGCGAAUCGAAAUGGAAAUCCGAGCACUGACAUCUACUAUUAUGCGAUUUUCGAAGCAGACCGACCAAUGGCUAGCAGCUUCACAUGCUAUCAACAAUGCUGUCAAGGAAAUCGGAGAUUUUGAGAACUGGAUGAAGACAAUGGAACUUGAUUGCAAAAGCAUUAGUGCUGCCAUCUGUAACAUCCAUCAAUCAUGAUCCGAUAGAAAGGCCUUGAGGGAAGCCUAAAUGAGGCAGGUGAUACUAUUUGCGAAACCAGUGAGGCAAACCCAAAAUGGCAACAACUCAGGACACUGUGUAUUUAUAACUUUAAUCUAAUAACUUGGCACAAGAUUCGGAAUGAAUUAAUACUCCCUCUAUUCCACAAUAUUUGCAGCUUUAGAGACUGUUUCUGUUAUUAUUUCUCUUUCUUUUAUUAGUGGACCUGGGUAUUUUAAUCUAAAAGUUGUAUAUUUUUCUAAUAUUAAACCACAUUCAUUGAGUUUUUAA